UACCUUGGUUCGCAUCUGCCUCACGCUGGUUCAGGGCAAACACACGGGCUCUCCCUCCUCCUCCCUGGAUCUGGGCAUGCUGCUGAAACUGCUGCUGAGGUUGUUGUUGGGGCUGCUGCUGCCCCUGGCCUCUCUCCGGGCAAUCAAAGGCCAUGUGUCCCUCCUUCCUGCAGUAGUAGCAAAUCCUCUGACCAGCUAAGCACUGACCCCCGUGAGUCCGGCCGCAGUUGCCACAGGGUGGCCGAGCUCUCGGAGUCUGCUGUGCUGGCUGACCGUCACCUCGUCCACCAUUUCCUCCCUUCUUGUUCUGCUGGUUCUUCUUCUUGCCUUCAAACUUUCUCUUACCGCCACUACCUGACGGCUGGGCAGGAGACUGCUGAUAAACGGCUGGCUGCACCUGGACUUGCUGAAACGAGGGUGGCUGCACAGAAACUGGCUGAAUCAUCCUGGGUUGAGGCACUGUCUGCUGAGCUGC